AUGGCAAGCUUUAUGAUAGCAAAUCUGAACCCACUGAAUUAUGUUGGUGGAGUCAAUUUUGUACCGGACCAGGAUAUUCCCGAUUUGUCGGGAAAGGUCAUUCUAGUCACAGGAGGAAACGCGGGUCUGGGCAAGGAGUCGAUCCUCCAACUCGCAAAACACAACCCGGAAAAAAUCUUCCUCGGCGCCCGGUCGGAGUCUAAGGCGACCGACGCCAUUGCUUCAAUCAAAUCAUCCGUUGCAAAUGUUGAGGUCAGCUGGAUCCCGUUGGACUUGACAUCCAUCAAGUCCAUUCAAAAUGCAGCCGAGCAAUUCAAGGCCCAGUCUCAACGGCUGGACAUCCUGCUCCUGAAUGCGGGUGUAAUGGCGCUGCCUCCCGGUGAAACGGAAUUAGGCCACGAAAUUCAACUCGGCACCAACCACACGGGGCAUUUCCUUUUGACAAAAUUGUUAUUGCCUACGUUGCUUCGUACUGCGGAGGAGCCUGGCUCCGAUGUUCGUGUUGUGUCACUCUCUUCGGUGGGGCAUAAUCUUGCUCCGGACUUUGAGACAAUCCUAGAUCAGGAGAAACUGAAGAAGGUGAAUACCAAUACUAGGUACGGAGCUUCCAAGGCUGCAAACAUUCUCUUCGCUGCCGAGCUCGCGAGACGGUAUCCGUCUAUCACGUCGGUGUCUGUCCACCCUGGUAUCAUCUUGACGGAUCUGUACAACUCGAUGAGCGGACGUUCGGCUUUCCUUGCUCUGGGAACCAGGGCGAUUGGUAUGGUGGGAACUUCAGUCCCGGAUGGAGCACGCAAUCAGCUGUGGGCUGCUGUCGGCGCGAAGAAGAAUGAUCUCGUGAAUGGCGCGUAUUACGUGCCUGUUGGCAAUCUCAAACAGCACAACUGCUAUGCAAAGAGCGAAGAUAUGGGCAAGCGUCUCUGGGAAUGGACGGAAAAAGAACUUGCGAAAGCGUCCCUUUGA